GAUCCCCCUCAGUGUUGAGGUUGAGGUGGGAAGCUCUUCCUCAAGAAGAUACGUUUCCAUUUAUGAUGCAAAUGUGUCUUACUAUAACAAGUUCGGCAGAGUAAUGGUCAUGUUUGACGCAGCUAAUAACACGUGGCAUUGCCAUUGUGUCAAGGCCAAACAGUCCUGUGUCCACAAAGCCAUUGCAAAAUGGCACUUUUUCCAGACAAGGAAGGAGCUCUUCACGGGAGAUGAGAGCGAGGUUAGUCAAGAGAGUCAGGACUCUGAAGACCAGGUGGAAACAGUUACCUCAAAACAUUUGCAGUAUCCCCCUCGAGGUGAGGACUUGGAGAGAAUUGUUCGGUACACCCAACACAAGAAAAGGAUUCCUGCAGACUUGCCUGCAAAGGUGUAUGGGUUGACAAGUGAGACGGAAGUGGUCAAACAUCUGAUACCCAAAGAGUGUGUUUGUCCAGAAUGUCCUGCUGAUCUUCCCCUUGGUGAACCCUUUAUCAUCAGUAGUUCAGCAAAAAUCAUUACAGUCAAGGGCAUCAUUGAGGGUGUGACAACUUAUGGGAAAAAAUGCAGUAGAUGUGGAAUGGUGGUGCGGUACCAGGAGUGGGAGGAUGGCUUGCAUAAUUUCAACGACAAAGUCAUUCUAACCCUCCAUUUUUGCUUGUAUCUGCGGAACUGCCUCCAGGUCAAAGUCCAAGAAUUCAAUACGUGAAAUUGUUUAAAAAUGUGAACUUACUGCAUGUUAAAUACGUUAGGCAUGUUAAAUACGUUAGACAGUCAUGAC